GGGGAGCGGGAAGCUGCGGGAGUGCGGCCCGGCUGCUGCCUGCCCGCCCCGGGCCCGGCCCGCCGCCGCGCAGCGCUGCGUGCGGUGAGCGCCGGUCCCCAGCGCCCAGCAUGGAAGGAGGAAACGCGGGGUGCAGCCGGCAGCUUCCCGAGCGGGCGGGUCCCGCGGAAAGUGAGCCGGACGUGUGCACCACUUUUGCGGUCAGAGCACUUUUUGGACUUACGGCCAAGUUGGAAUCGGUAACUCCCAAAGAAGAAGCAGUGCUUAAAGUGUUUCAACCUUUGCACACCGAUGUCAACACUCCGGCUAACAAUUGGUAUGAAAGGAAUGAUAAUGACGGUGCUGACGACUCAGAAAACCAGCACUGCGCGAGCUGUACUAGUAACCAAGCUGACCCGAUGUCUGGCAGCCGUGCUGAGCUGGAGCUGGAGCCAGAACCGACAGGAGAGAAUGAAAUACUUCUUCCCCGUUUAAGGUCUGUACAGACUUCUUUGUCUGAAUCUGACAACGAUGCUAUUCUCGUACAAGGUACUUUGGUUCACACAACAAGUGACACGGAAUCAGAUGGUGAGAGUAAGGACCCAGAUGCUGAUGAAACCAGCACAAGCGAAUGUGGGCUAAACAAUGCUGUUUUGUCUACUGUGGCUUUGGAUGGUAACAAUCAAAGUAAGGAAGAGUCAGACUCAGAGGGGUACGAACACAACGAUGACACUGUGGGUAGAGAUGACACUGAGUUAUACCCACCAAUUUCUCAGUGGCUUCCCAGAGAGCUGGACAGCAUUCUGGAGCAUGACUCCAGUGGCAAAGACAGAACGUUAAUGGAUGAGCAGUUUAGUCACUUGCUUGCUACAGGAGAAUGCCCUCCAGAACUUCCAGGUGAGGAUCAAAGACCUUCAGCUGAUAAUGCAUCUCUCCAUAAAGCAGUACUGUCUGAAAAAAGUUUCCAGCUGCCUGCUUUCUUUAGUGGCCUACGUGUGAGGAAGAAGGGACUAAACACAGAGGAUGGGGAAACUAUUACAGAAAUUAAACCGAGGGAGAAUGAUUUAGCUCUGCUUAAAUUGCGACAGCCUGUUAAGAAAUCCAACAUUACAUCAGGCUUGACCACAAAAAAAAAAUCAUCUGAACCUAAAGCAAGUCCUACUUUCCUGGAGCAGCUCUCUCACCUGUUGAACAUAGAUGUCUCCAAGAAUGAUGAGAGAACCCAAGAUUCUGGUGCAGGAUUUGGAGAGACUGAGGACAGCGAUGAAGGUCCAGAGAACAAACCCUCUGGCAAAACAGAGACAAUGUUUCCUUCAGAGGAAAUAAAGUCAAGCCCUGCCGAAUCUGCACUGGAUGUCUUUAAAGCUUUAUUCACACGACCUCCCAAAAAAGAGACAACUGCAGAUCCUUCAGAGCUGGAAGCCAUCAAACGCAAAAUGAGAAAUGAGAAAGAGUCCUUGAAAGCUGUAUUUGAAAGGUCAAAAUCUAAACCUGGCGACGGACCAUCAGACAAAUCUCCUGAUCUGAGUCCCUCAGAGCAAGAUGACAAGACUCCGGGGAGACUCCAGACUGUCUGGCCACCACCAAAAGCAAAUCACGAAGAAGUAAAAGUAGGAUUAAAGUACACAGAAGCAGCUCUCCUAAAGCUUUACAAGGAGGGACCAUCAGAAUACCAAGCUGCCAUUUUGCAUUUAAAGAGGGAACACAAAGAAGAAAUUGAAACAUUAAAGUCUCAAUUUGAACUCAGGGUAUUCCAUAUUCGUGGAGAACAUGCUGUAGCAACUGCUCAGCUUGAGGAAACCAUUGCUCAUCUGAAGAAUGAACUUGAUAAUAAAUUGAACAGAAGGAAUGAAGAAGCAAGGGAUAUUGGUGUUUCCACUGAAGAUGAUAAUCCACCAAAGACAUACCGAAAUGUAUGUAUACAGACUGACAGAGAAACUUUUAUAAAGCCUAGUGAAGAAGAAAACAGAGCUGUGAAAAACAACCAAAUAGUACCCAAAAAGCUUAAUAUUUCUUCUUUGGCACAUAGUAUUUCUACCCAAGGUGAAAAUAAGGACAGUUAUGAUGUACCAUCUUCAGAAAGUGUCUUAUCUUGUCAACCAAAACAAAUGCUGCCUCCACCACCACCUCCUCCACCUCCUCCACCACCUCCACCACCUCCUCCCUUCUCUGAUUCUUCACUACCAGGUUUAGUUCCUCCACCACCACCUUUGCCAAUGGGUCCAACUUCAGUGACACCUCACUUUGCAUCUGGGCCUCCACUGCCACCUCAAAUUUCUGAAGGCUGUAGGGAUUUUCAAGCACCAUCACCACCAGCACCACCACCACUUCCAGGGUUGGGACCUCCCCUUCCUCCUCCACUGCCUGGAUCCGGGGUACCUCCACCCCCACCACCCCCUGGACCUGGGCUCUUUUUUAAUAGCACUUUAUCUUCAAGUCAAGGUCCUCGGAAACCUGCCAUUGAACCUAGCCGUCCCAUGAAACCUUUGUACUGGACACGGAUACAAUUGCAAGGCAGCAGGAAAACUGCCAUACCAACAUUAUGGGAAUCACUAGAAGAACCUGAUAUACUUGAUACUACUGAGUUUGAAUAUUUGUUUUCCAAAGACACCACUCAGGAAAAAAGAAAACCAUUAUCAGAGACUUAUGAAAAAAAAAACAAGGCCAAAAAGAUUAUCAAAUUGUUGGAUGGAAAACGGUCACAAACUGUAGGAAUUUUAAUAUCCAGUUUGCACCUGGAGAUGAAGGAUAUUCAACAAGCUAUUCUGUGUGUUGACGACUCCGUAGUAGAUCUGGAAACACUGGAAGCACUAUAUGAAAAUAGAGCGCAAAAGGAUGAACUGGAAAAAAUCGAGCAAUAUUAUCGGACUUCAAAAGAGGAAGAACUGAAGCUUCUGGAUAAACCAGAACAAUUUUUAUAUGAAUUAUCUCAGAUCCCCAAUUUCGCAGAACGAGCUCAGUGCAUUAUUUUCCAGUCAGUUUUCUCUGAAGGGAUAACAUCGGUUCACAGGAAAGUUGAUAUCAUAACUCGUGUUUCCAAGGCUUUGCUGAACAUGACGAGUGUAAAGGAGAUUUUAGGUUUGAUUCUUGCCUUUGGGAAUUACAUGAAUGGUGGAAAUAGAACACGAGGACAGGCUGAUGGGUUUGGUUUGGAAAUACUCCCCAAACUAAAAGAUGUCAAAAGCAGAGAUAAUCAUAUUAAUCUUGUGGAUUAUGUUGUCAUAUAUUACCUACGCCAUUGUGAUAAGGAAGCAGGAACAGACAAGAGUAUUUUUCCUUUACCAGAACCACAGGAUUUUUUCCAGGCCUCCCAAGUUAAGUUUGAAGACCUAAUAAAAGACUUAAGGAAGCUGAAGAGAGACCUAGAAGCCUCUGAAAAGCAGAUGAAGUUAGUUUGCAGAGAAUCUUCAGAAGAGCAUCUCCAGCCCUUCAAGGAGAAAUUAGAGGAAUUCUUCCAGAAAGCUAAAGAAGAACGUAAAAAAGAAGAGAGCAGUUUGGAAAAUGCACAAAAAUGCUUUGAAGAAACAGUGGGAUACUUUGGCAUAAAGCCAAAGCCUGGUGAGAAGGAGAUCACACCAAACUAUGUUUUCACGGUGUGGUACGAAUUCUGCAGUGACUUCAAGACCAUUUGGAAACGAGAGAGCAAAAGCAUUUCCAAGGAGCGAAUUAAAGUGGCUCAGCAAUCAGUAAGCAAGUUAACUGCAGAGAAGAAAGUUGAAACAAAGAAAAUCAAUCCUACAGCUAGCCUGAAAGAGAGACUACGUCAAAAAGAAGCCAAUGUGAAUGCCAGCUGAAAGAAGAAAGAUGAAAACGAUAGUGUGUCUUAAUACCUUUCAUGAUGCUUUAUUAUGCCCAUGGCCCAGAGAGCACCUUAUGUUUGCUACUGAAUUCUGCUUUGCUGAUAUGUUCCAAGACAAUCCACUAAAGAUUUUUCAGUUCCUUCAAAGGGGUUUGUACAUAAAGUAGAAGGUAUUCUAAGAAGGCUUUUUUACAUGGAAAUUGAGAACGAUUUUCUGUAGUUCUUCCUUACAUUGUAAGGAAUCUGUUUGUUUAUGGUUAUCUAAAGUACUUUGUAUGUAAUGCAGUAAUAUAAAAGAGUUAGAAUGAAAAUUUUGGAUACAAGGUUAGAUAAGGACUUACAACCUGCAGGUUAUUUACAGGGCUUUGUGUAGAUUAGAGCAAAUAUGCUGUUCGGCUCACAAAGCACUAUUAUACCUUAUUUUUUGUUACUUCAGCAGUAACUGAGGUAUAACUGACUAACUGUAAGAAAUAUUACAGUGUCUGAGUACUGGAUGCAUCUUUCUAAAACAGAUUAAAUGUAAUUAUAGAUUUACUCUGUAUUUUACUAUAAAUAUUUUUAUAGAAGCCUCAACUUAUGCCACACAUUGAAAUGAAAGCAAUAUUUUGCACAUGAAAAGGAAUAGCUUCAAAUUCUUUAUCUGUAUGAUUGAUGGUGUAACUGAUUCACUAUCUUUUUGUUAGUUUAUUUUAACCUGCCCUAUAUUCUGAAUUCAAAAAAAAAAAAAAAAAAAAAGUAUAUUUUUAUUCUGUGUAUGUUGAAAUUACCAGUUCCAUAAAAUAAUGUUUUUACUAGUCAUUAUUCAUUGAACAGCAAUGUGUUUCCAUAAAGUUAUAUAUUUGUCAUUAAAUUUUCAUCUUUCAAUUCUAACGAAAGCUUUCUUUUAAACAAUGCAUAAGUCACUCUAAAAAGCUAGGUCUUUUCCUGCUAUAAUUUUAUGAAUAAUGUCUCCAGCAUAUAAAUAUCUAUGUGGCUAUAUAAAGUUAAUAAGUAAAACUUGAAGAAGGAAUGUGAGCUGUCAUCCUGCAGCAUCGUAACCAUUGCUUCUAAAGUAGCAGGGCCUGAAAAAAAUCUACCAAAUAUCCACUGUUCCUUGAAGAUUCUUAGAAAGAGAAAUCUUGAAGGAGUUAACUUAAUAUAACAACAGGGCAACAAACUGAAGAAAAAGUUCUUCUGCUUGCUAACUGUAGAGAGAAUCUGCCUUCUUUAUGACAAUGACAUAUGAAGUGGGUUAGGAAGAGAUAUUAGAUAAAGAAAAAAGUAAUUUAAAAAAAAAAAUUGAAGUCAUUAUUCCUUUGACUUAAUAGAUGGAAAGGAUACCCAUGAAACAAAUUAUUCAUCACUAUAAAUGAAUGCUUGUUAAAGAAGACAACCACAGUCAUGGAAAUUACCUUCCAUUCAUGACUGUAGUUGGAAGACUUUAUAUACUACAGAUUUCUCAAAUGCAUCUAUCAGUCCUGAAUAGACAAAAAUAAGGGAUGUUUUGGGGUUUCUGGCUGCUACAAGUAUACCUGAGAUGUGUGAGCAUAAUUCUUAUGGAAACAGUCAAUAACAUACCAACAAAAACAAAGUAAGUUUUAGCUCCACUGUUCCAAUUGAAGAAAUAGACAUUCCAAAGAUUUACAUUUUGUCUUCCACCAAGUAGGUAAAGGAUAUUUAUUUCCAAUAUCGUCAUGCUAACAGGAGCAAUAGUGCUUGUAAAAACCAAAGAACAGCAAAAAAGGCAAUUCUGAUAAUCUUUUAAGCAAACAACGGUUGAGUUUUGAUAUGGUUUUUUAUCUGUCCUGAAGAGGGUGUAUAUUGACAUAUGGUUGAUUGGGAUUUUUUCAUUGAAACGUUUUAUCUGAAAUACCAAGCAAUGAGUGAUACUGUUUGUGAAAUAAGGAUUGAUGUUGAGAAUUCUCAUUAAAAAUAUACCAUGGAAAAAGUUUUUAAAUUAUUGAAAUAUCCUGUUUCAAAAUUUCUCUCUGUGAAAUUUCAUUUUUCAGUUCAAAGUGACUUUUUCAGUUUGCAGUGUUGAAAAAAUGUAUAUAAAAAGGGAUUAAAAUUAAAAUUUUCAAUGUAAAGUGUUCCUUGAUUAGAUUUAUAAUUCUUCUUUUUGUUUUCAGAUUAUUAAUUUGCCAACAUUUUCAGAAUAUAGGCUAUUUAUCAGAAAUCUCCAAAACUUACAUUGCACAGAUAUAUUCUUUCUUCCUUAUCCACAUUUACACCAACUUCACUCUUAAAAUGGAGAUUUAGAUUCCAACUUCAAUUAUAACAUAAAUUAUCUACUAGUUUUACUGUUGGUUUUACUGUUUUUAAGUGGAGUAGAAAAAAGUAUAUCUAGACUAUUUAAUUAAUUCUGUUACUGAGGACUUAGACAUUCUUGGAUGUAAUUCAUCAGCUAAAUAUCAGACUGACAUUCUCACUACCACACUGACACUAGUGUUGCCCAGAGGUGUCUUCAGACAAUGAUUAAUAGUAUGUGCUGACCUCAACUGAUCUAUUGCAUUAGCAAAGAGAUAUUAAGAGAUAUUAUGUGUCUAUGUAAACUGUUUAAUUAUUACAUGUUUAGGGACUACAACUGUAACAAACAGCCAUCAGCGAGAGUCAUCUUGAGGUCAGCAAGUGUCACCAGAAGUUAUGUUUGAAUCUUAAAUUUAUUUUGGUGCCUCAUUUUAACCUCAGUUUUCUAGUUUAGAGAGGAAGAAAAAGAGGAGAAAAAGCAAAAAGAAUGGAAGAGAUGAAAGGGAACAGAAGACUGGUACAAGGUACAUGACUGCAUUGCUAUCAAGGAGGUAAAUUGAAGUAAAUAAUAAAAAGGAGGUAAACUGAAGUAAAGAACUGAGUAAAUAAAGCCAAGCAACCAUAGCUACAUAGUUACUGUUUUUCUAAGCUACUUAAUUUAAAAUACUUACAUGCUAAGCAGAAUAUAUGUUUUUUACUCUCCUGUUAUUGCCAAGCUACUCAAAAUCUGUUAAGCAAAGCAGUAUGAAAACCCUUUUUACUCAGAGUGUGCUUAUUACAUAUAAAAAUUGUACAUUUUGCUGAUUUAUAAACUGGACAAUUAGGAAAAACUUAAUUUAGAUGAGUGACUCUAAUUUGUGAAGUGCUCUUUAACUUAUUUAUGAUUUUAUCACUUACUGAUAGUAAAAUGAAAGACCUUUUAGCAUUUGAGGUAUUUUGACAGUAUAAAUUACAUUUUUAUGAUGUUUAUAUUAAUUUAUGAAAAUUACCAAUAUAUUUUGCCAUGACUCGUGUUUUACUAUGUGCUUUAUUUUAGGAUCAUAAGUGUGUAGGUUGAAUAUAUAUAUUUUUUCAACAAAAGAGAAACUGUAGUUUCUGUGCAUAUGGAAAAUGAAAGUGCAGUGGAAUACUCAGAAAACAGAGAGAAAAAUAAUUCAGAGUCUUGAGCAGUUCUAGGAUGAAGUUUACCUUGGAUUUCAAACUUUCUGAAUUGCUUAGGAUAAUUCUGCAACAAGAUAUUAACAGACAAGGUGUCUCUGACUUGUCUAAUUAUUUUCUACCUGAAACAUGUACAGAAUAUUUUACUUUCCAUAUGAUGCACAGGUUCUCACUGUCCUGAUUUCUAGUAAUUGUAUAGCAAUUUCUUUGUCAUCUUUCCUGCUUGAGGGAUAUGAUGCAGCAGAACACUCUGCAUUUAGUUAUUUAGUGAUGCUGUUUCUUCAUUGCUUUAAGCCACUAUCUUAAAAAUGGAUGCCUUAAUCUUUCUGAAACACCCAAACAAAUUCAAAAUAUUCAUCUCAUUACAGCAUCAGUGUGUUUUUGAAAAUCCCUAAUCUGUGCUUAGGAAACAGGCUAAGCUUAUAUUGUUAGAAAAGUAUAUUCAUUUAGGUUUUGCUCACUCUUGGCUUUGUCUGUAUCUUGUUUAAUUUUGUUAUGGAUCUCACUUAUUAUUUAUUAUUUUUAAAGUCCAAUCUAGUUUAUUAAUUUUUUAUAGUAGAUGCAGCCUGGAAAGUUCUCUUUGUUGUUUUUUUGUUUUGUUUUGUUUUCCUAUAAAUAUAAGCCAAUGUAUAUGUGUGUAAACGUAAAGAAUAUAGAUGCCAAUAGGUAACUUGACUGUAGUAAAUACAUGGCUUCAAAAAGAGAAAAUAUUAGGAACUAAGUGGCUCCUAAAGCCAGCAAGAAAAAAAAAAAAAAUAAAAAAAAAUCUGAUAAUUAAAACUGGAUGAAAAAUUAAAAUUAGAAGUAAAUUCCAAACUAUUCCUAAUGAGGCUAAUUAGCCACUGAAAGUAGGUAGCAAAGGCAGUUAUGGUUUCUCCAUUCUCAGUGCUUCUCAAUUUUUCUCUAAUACUUUCAAAUUAGGAUGGAACAUCUUAGUGAAAAGUUUGUGUAGCCCAAUGCAACUUACUGGACUUAGUUCUGAUGUUGUAAGUGUAUUCCCGUAUCCAUUGACUUACCAGCUCUGAUAGUCCCUAUUGACAGAAAAAUCUAGAUGUCAAAAGACCCAGCAACAUACAGUUAUUUGUUAUCUGUAAUGAGAAACUUCUUAUCCAAGCUAGAAUAACCACUUCUUGUGAUUUUAAAUUUAAAAAUACACCACAAAUAGUGUGACAUAGAAUGUCUGUUGCACAUUAUGGUAAUUACAAGGUAGCAAACUUAUAUGCUGUGGAAUUCAAUACUAUUUUAAGGAUCCUAAAGCUAAGUCUGAGGUCUUAGUGGACAAAAUGUGAAAUCCAAGAAUCACGGAAAGCGUAGUUCUUCAGCUUAUAUCAACAUUUUUGAGCACAUUGAUGGGAAUUUAACUCGGGUACAAGAAACAUCAUGCAGAAUGUACACAACAGUCUGUCCUUUAGGUGAUAUUAAUUAUGACCUGUUAAUGACGCUGCCAAACAUUUCCACUGCACAACAAAGUUUGAACUAUAACAAUUUUACACAAUUGUUUCUGAGAUUUAAAGUACAAAAUAUGCAAGCAUGCAGUACUUGUUUUUGUGGGGUUCUUUUGGUCAAAAUGCCUGAAAUAAGUUUCCUUUUUUCCUUCCUAUCUUCUUCCCUUCUUUCCUUCCCUCUCUCCUUCCUUCACACCCACUUUUCUUCCUUCCUUUCUUCUCUCCCACUUUCCCUCUUUUCUUCCUAAAUUUCUCAUGUUUUUUUAUAUUAAAAAAAAAAAAACCAACCGAUUCGAACUGUUACUGAAAUUUAUCUUUUUUCCCCCACACCAAAACUUGCACGAGGCCCUAGAAUAAUUCUAGUAAACUGAUGGGCUUCAACAGACAGUAAACUAUUUUGAGCACUACCUCAUUUCAGGCUUUUGAACUAGGAAAGUUGCCUUUUUGUAAAAUGUAAGCACUGGGUAUGAAAAAGUGUUUGUUUUGAAAAGUGAAGUAAAAAUACAGUGAAGUAAAAAUAAAGAAGUUAUAUCUUUGAGCCAGAACACAUCACUUUCUUGGGAGGAGAAAUUAUCAAGUAAUAUAAGCUUUCAUAUGAGGUAGAACAGUAUUGCCCUUCUUGUUUUGUUUCUGACAGUUGUCAGCUUAGAAUAAAUUAAAGGAAGAGGGGUUUUUUUUGUGAGGUAUUUUGGAUUAAUUUCAUUUCAGAUUGUAUCACCUCAACUUAAAUUUCAACAAUCUGAUAUUGAGGAAUUAUUGAUUGAAAUAUAUAUAUAUCAAUAUAUAUAUAUAUUGAAAUAUAUAAUGAAGAAUCCAUUACUAUAAGUGCAUAUAUAUACAAGUAAUUUUAUGUAAGUAUUCCUGUGGCCCACAGUUAAAAGAUACAUAGAAGACAUUAUAGGAUCAUGUAACUGAGCAAAAUCUCUUCUUUAAUCUUGUCAUGAGAUUUAUCCUAAGGUGUCACAGUGUCAGACAUGGAUUUCUCUUCUGUGGUAGGAUCUGCUGCCAAAAGGUAUUGGAGCUCUUGGAGCUUUUGGAGGAUGUUGCCAUUGGCCAACAACUCCUAAAACAAUUGUUUCUAUGGAGUUAUUCUGCAGUUAAAUUCCCCAAACCUGGAUUGCACUAAGACCUAAUGGGAGACUGAAAAAUAUAGUCCAAGGGAUAUACAUUUUCAGAGGAAAAAGGGAUCAUAGCUGUUAAAGAUUGAAGUAGAAGCUAGCAGACUUUUCCAAAAUAGCAGAAAUUUUGUAUGGUAGUAGUAUGUAAUCUUUAAUUAUCUAUGUACAUUUUAAAAAAAAUUGCAUUCAUAUACAAAUUUCUAUGCCUUUUUUUUUUUUUUUUUUUUUUUUAUUGCUUAUAUAAUUUAAUGUGAACAUAAUCACUUUUACUUUUUUAAUUUUUUAUUAUGCUCUGACCUCUAAAAAAGAUCCAUUAACAAGAUGCCAACAGGCAGUUUAAUUUCAGGUUCCCAAGUGUUGCCCUAACACUUCCUAACACUUCCUAACAGGAAUCUUCAUGUUUUUCUGGGGCUAGGAAGAAGCUUUUAGUCUUGUCUAAUCAUAAACCAGUAGCUGUAGCUCAGAGCAAAUGAUGGUGCCAGAUUCUAUCACUACUGAUGGCUCUUCUCUUCAAUGCAAUUACAAGUUAUCUGGGGAAAAAAUAUAACCCUGGAGGUGGUGGAGUGGUUUGGUUUUUUUGUUGUUUGUUUGUUGUUUGUUUGUUUUUUGUAAUUCCCAUUAAACUGUAACACACUUUAUAAACUCAAAGUCCUAAAGAGUAUUGGCUUGGUGUAAGAUUUGUGUACUGUGUUGACUCUGGCAUACAGCAUCUUUGUUAAGUUAAGCUCCAGUGACUUCUAGGAAGAGAAGCAGUGACAUCUGUACACUGCUUGAGAGUCUUCCUUUAAUCUUUUUUGGAAUCUGUAGCAAAAUUAUUUUUUCUUUUGUGACAUGUGAGUUACUCAUUAAAAAAUCCCAAUGGUAUAUUUGCUCUCGCCUAGAGAGAUCAAGCUUGUCAUUCCAAUUUUUAUUCUCAUUCGGCAUGCCAUAAAUACAUUUUGUAGUAGUUGGGCAACUGCUCAUCCUGAAUAGCCAUCCAUAGAUAACAUUAUAGAAACUGCAUAACAAUUUAGAGAUCAAAGAAUAUAGUGCUGUUUCCUGCUCCUUAAAGCAUUUAUAGUCAUCAAAUGAACAUACAUACUGUAUGGCACCUACUGCUUAUUUCUUAGUAAGUUGUCAUUUAAGGAAAAUAUUGUCAUUAGCAGCUGAUCACUAUGCACAGGGUAAAAGCCAUAGUUUUUUUUAUAGUUUGUUGGUUGGAUUUUUACUUUACUAUAGUAAGCUUUUGUGAUGUGAGUUUAUUCCAGACUUCAGGGAGAAAUUCACCAUUUCAUAACAAAGCAAAAAUAUAGCAAGAUCAUUGUUCUGUACUUCUUUCAAAUAUGACAGUAAGGUGGAAGAAUAGAAGUGAUUUAUUUUUUUUAAUUUAUUCUGCAUGAAAACAGUACUUCUGAUUCCUUUUCAUUCCAGUUGUUCAUUUUGUGUUACAGUUUAGUGUGUUUUAGAAAGACUGUGAACAAAUUAGAAGGUUCAGGUGUGAAUUUCAUUCUUAAAGAUCCCUUGUAAUGUUCAAAUUCAACAGACUGGCCUGAAGAAUUCCUGCCCUUUUCCCCACUCUCCUUAUUUUAUUAAAAGUAAGGUCAUGCAUUUACAAAACUAGUUGUUAAAACGCCAAGAAAAACUCAACUUUGGGUGAAGAGAGGUUACUUAUCUUCCAAACCACAGCAAAGACUUACUCAGCUUUAGUGAGCAUGAUUUGAAUGUUAGCAAUUCACCUAAACAACUCAGUUUCAAAGGGUUAGAUAAUCAGUACAAUGUUUUUUAAACAUUUCUUUUCCAUAUUACUUGACUUCAAGAAAGACUGCUUCUCUGACUGAGUAGGAGACUGAACUUGUGCAUUUAAUUAUGUAAUCAAGACUUUUGCUCUAUUUGGGACCACAAGUACAUGUGACAUGAGAAUUCUAUCUCAGUGACUGGCAUUAUGUUUUAUAAAUAUUUUCCAUCACUUAUCCAGACUUGAAAUAAAGAGACUGCAACCUGAAAAGGAAAAGGUUGGCAAAUAAUUCAAUUUUAAAAGAUACAAAGCUCAUUCUUCCUUUGCAGUUGACUGUCAUUUGAAGAAGUCCAACCUCAAGUAAAAUCCUAUUGAAGUGUUGGGGUUUUGUUAGUUUGAAUUAAAAGAUGAUAUUAUCUCAGAUAAUCAAACUGGCUUGUCUUGGAUAAAGUUCUAUGCAUCUCAGAGCACUAGUCAAAAUAAUUAAUGUACAUGACCAACAAGCCCGUCUAGCCUGAACAAUAGUUUCACUUCCAUAAAACUUGAAAAAGGAAAAGACCAGAGAGGAUCUUCAGAUAUCAAUUUUGGAAAAGGUUGUGUCAAAUGAAAUGCAUUCUUAUCCUACUGCAUCUGUUUUAAAAUGUCACUGAUAUCUCUUGCAAAGGGAAAAAAAAGCUCACAGAUCUGUGUAAGAUGAAAUUGAAUAAGGACUGUUUACAGAGACAGGGAAAAUGUGCUGUUUCUUGUAUAAGUAUUCAGCAAAGCAGCAAAGCUGUGAAUGCCCAGCUGAUGACUGGCAGUAUGUACUUUUUGAAAAUGAAUUUUUAUUAUGAUGACAGUGUAUUUCAGCUAUAUCAGACUUACUAACAAAAGCUGCCCUGUCCAAAAAAAUUACAAGCAAACUGUAGGUACUGUGAGAGCAGAAUGAAUAAAAUUUUAAUAUCUUAAGGGCAACAGGAAAAGGCCCCAUUUAUUUUCAAAAUUAACUUCAACACAUUGGAAUCAUUCAGUGAGUCUUACGCUUCUACCUGUCCCAGUCUCUUUGAAAAGAUGAUUUAAAGUUUCUUGUUUUGAUUUUGAACAUACAGCCUGUCAUUUCAUACUGAAUACCACUCAGCUAUUACUUUCUGAAGUACAAAGCUAAAAGCUUAGCCAUGUUCAAAUGUUUUAGGAAGAAAAAAAAUAGAGAUUCUGUGAUUAUUUUUGGAGGAAUCAGAGUUGGCAUCUAGAAAGUGUUUUCAGUAGGUUUAUAUUAUGAUUUUCAACUUCUCCUUAGUUAUUUUGAGAGUUGUUUUUUGUUUGUUUUGUUUUCCUUUCCAAUGAAUGUGAGUUGAAUAGUUGCACUGUUGAACAUUAUUGCUGUUGGUACUCUUCCCUCACUUCUCUCUAUUUGACUCAAAAAACAUCAAAAUACAGGGUUCUUUGGCUCCCUAACAUCUCUUUGAAGAUAUAGCAAAAUUCUCUAGCAAUGCUAUUAAUAUUCCGUGUGUACCCAGCAAGUUUCACAGGGUUUACUCUCUUGUCUGCAUGUGAUUUGCUUUAAUAAAACCAUAGCUUUGCCUGUAUAUUACAUACACACUAAGCAUUAAUAUAUUUGCUGUCAUUUGAAUUGAGCUCAACUUUGCACUUUUCAUCCCACAAAACGUACUGCAAAAAUAACAGAAUAGUAGCAUGGGUUAGUAUUUUAUUUUCAGGAAUUGAAGUCCUUUGAGUAGUUCUCAACUAAAUGUAACAUAAAUAUCCAAGAAUAAGCUAAAUAGAUUAAGGUGCUUUUUUCCUUCUUCACUUUGUAACUACGUGUGUGUGUGUGUGUGUUUACUAUGUGAAUGAAAGUUUAAUUUUCUCAAAAACAAAACAUGCACAUGAUUAACUUUGUAAAAGUUACUGUAAUGGAAUGGAGUAUUUAUUUUUAAACUAAAUUCUUAAGGAAACAUUAUCUGUAAAUAAAAGACUAUAUUUUCCUCAGUAUUUUUGCUCAUCCUAUCAACUGUAUUUAAAAUUUGUAUGUAAAAUGUAUUACUGAGGUACUGUAGAUUUCUCUGUUUGUUUAAAUAACUCUGUCUCAAUGUUUUCAUCAUUUACUCUGCUGAUCCAGUCAAUAUUGUACAUUCAGUGCACUUGUUUAAAAGAUUCAUAUUAUUCUGGAGAUCUGCAAAGAAUUAAAAUAAGUAGCUUACAGAUGUAAA